AUGGACACGCCGGUACAUGAGAUCAACGAGUCGAGUCUUCUGCUGGGCAACGCCACAGGAAAUGCGCAGGUAUUAGGACUUUCACUCAACUGGGUGGAGACGCAUCGCGCUAGCAGUUUAUUCAUCGCCUUUGGCUGCUGUGUGGUAGCAACGUUGCUAAGUGUGUACAACAUUGUUCAGCAUUUGGCCCACUACUCACGUCCACAAUUGCAGCGUUACAUUGUGCGAAUUUUAGUUGUUGUCCCAGUUUACGCCAUUGGCUCGCUCUUGUCACUUACAUUUGUGAAUCAGGCGUUGUAUUUUGACUCGAUUCGUGACUGCUACGAAGCUUUUGUGGUCUAUUCAUUCUUAGCUCUCGUACUGAGUUUUGCCGGUGGAGAGUCCGUUUGUGUCUUGAAAAUGCAAAGUGAAUCCGAUAUUCGUCAUCCAUGGCCAUUAAAUCGGUGUUUUUAUCCGUUAGGUCGGGAUGGAAGACUACUGAGAUUAUGCAAACGCGCGACAAUCCAAUAUCAUACACUAGCGUAUCAAUUUGUGCUGGCAGUGGUGUAUAAUUUCUCGUACUCCAUGGCUCUCUAUGGUAUGUAUCUCUUUUACCUCGCAACGAGACACAUUCUACAGCCAUUUAAUCCCGUACUCAAGUUCUUUGCUGUGAAAAGCGUCGUGUUUCUCACAUUUUGGCAAAAUAGUUUUCUUGACCUUAUACCUGGAAUUACCAACGAACAAACUUUUGCAUGGAAAGAUUUUAUUUUGUGUAUCGAGAUGGUAUUAUUUGCACUUCUACACUUGUUGGCCUUUAACUCGAGUCAAUUUAAAAAAAAUUUGGAUCGGCUGCCGGAUUCAGAGGUGCUAAAUAAUAUGAAAGAGGUCUUGAGCUUAUCCGAUAUUUUGGCCGAUGCCUACCACAAUUUUAUGCCGUCCUACCGAGAGUACAUGUUACAGCGCCCUGGAGGUGAGUCUGGUGGCAGUGCUCGAAAAGGCCAGAACUCGACUGGUCUUGGUGACAUUUCUUUUUCUGAAGACAGUCCGACACUUUUAACGCAUAACAAUGCACGUGCUCCGCGAUUCGUUAUUGACGACGAGGAUGAUGACUUUGACGAAAUUGACCUCGAGUCGAAUGCAAUAGCUGUGUCAGCUGAGGAAGCAGCUACAUGUACGAAAAAAAGGUUGCAGGAGUUGAGGUUGCCAGGAUGGAACGAGGUGACUUGCAGCCACACAGAUGUCAGGAUGGCUAACCCACAGGAUGAUGACCACAACAAGACUCUAGAGAUCAAAGAUGUUGCUUGUGAUGAAAUAGAUAUCCAUCAGCAACCAGAAAUCAGUCUUAAUGUCACAGCUGUAGAAGCGUCAGGACGCCCACGAUUUGAUAACUCUCCUCGUGCUGUCACUGCUCAUGAAUGCACACAGCUUGGCGAAGAGAGUGCUACUUUAUAA